CCAGGAGGCCGCGGGCCGCGACGUGCUGGCCGCCGACCUGCGCUGCAGCCUCUUCGCCGCCGCGCUGCGCAGCUACAAGCGCGAUUCCGCGCUGCGGCCCUUCCCCGCCGCCUACGCCCGCGGCGACUGCAAGGACUUCGAGGCCCUGCUCGCAGAUACCAGCAAGUUACCAAACUUGAAAGAGCUUCUGUCCUCUGGAGACAAAGACCAGCGGGCCUGGGACCUGGUGAGCUGGAUUUUGACCUCCAGGGUCCUGACAAUCCACAGCGCAGGGAAGGCAGAGUUUGAAAAGAUCCAGGAGCUGACUGGUGCCCCUCACACGCCUGUCCCUGUCCCAGACUUCCUGUUUGAGAUCGAGUACUUCAACCCAGCCAAUGCCAAAUUUUAUGAGACCAAAGGAGAACGAGACCUCAUCUAUGCCUUCCAUGGUAGCCGCCUGGAAAACUUCCAUUCCAUCAUCCACAAUGGCCUGCACUGCCACCUCAACAAGACAUCCUUGUUUGGAGAGGGGACCUACCUCACGAGUGACCUGAGCCUGGCCCUCAUUUACAGUCCCCACGGCCACGGGUGGCAGCACAGCCUUCUCGGGCCCAUCCUUAGCUGUGUGGCCGUGUGCGAGGUCAUCGACCAUCCAGACGUCAAGUGCCAAACCAAGAAGAAGGAUUCCAAGGAGAUAGACCGCAGAAGAGCGAGAAUCAAGCACAGCGAAGGAGGAGACAUUCCCCCUAAGUACUUCGUGGUCACCAACAACCAGCUCCUGCGGGUGAAGUACCUGCUGGUGUAUUCCCAGAAGCAGCCCAAGAGGGCUUCCAGCCAGCUGUCCUGGUUUUCCAGCCAUUGGUUUAUGGUCAUGAUGGCCCUGUAUCUGAUGCUGCUGCUUAUAGUGAGUGUCCUCAACUCCUCUGCUUUCCAGCACUUUUGGAAUCGCGUCAAGAGAUGAUCUUUCUGGGCCUGGUGUGGGGGCCACCUCAGCCGUGUGCCUUAUGAUAGCUCGUUCUCUACCUCCUGUGUCUCAUGUUCAGCCAGGUAGAGCCUAGGGGACAGCUGGGGGACCACAGGACAAUUUGCCCUAUGUCAUACGUGUACUGAUUGCCUUCAAUAAUGCUCCCAGCCAUACCCCAUCAGUGAGGACCCCAGGUCCCCCUCUCAUCCGCUCCUUCCUCAAGGGUCCCAUGGAGUUGGCUCUCCAGCCAGGGCCAAAGGAAAAGUCCUGCUGCAUUUAAAAACAAAGUGUCCAAGCGGUGAGCGGCGUGUUUGUGUUGCUCCUGGCAGAGGCUGGGCCUUUCUCUAAGCCUUCUGGAAGGCGGGACGCAUGUGUCGGGGACCGUAAAUCACUAGGCGGUUACCUUGUUUUGACUCAAGACACUCAACAGGGACAGCCAUGUUUCUCCUAAAAAAUCAGUGAGAUUGUUUUUGGAUUCCAUCAGCUUUUGUACGUGAGUGCAAAACAUUUUCAUAGUUUUCGCAAAUCAACAAGCAGCCUCCUGCUACAGCUGGAUCUCCCGCUCCCAGACCUCGGACCAGAAUGGAAGGAGCCAGAGGCCUGAUUAAAAAAAAAAAAAAAAAAUACAGACUUAACAAUGAGCAACUCGAGUCAUCUUUUUCUAAAAAUUACCAACUGCUGAUUAUAGCUGAAGUGGAACCAAAUGUUUGUUUUCUGAUUUUUUUUUUUUUAAUAGCCGUUUGACAAAUUAGUCUUUGUGAGCAGAGUACAAGGGGGGAGAUUUCUAAACCUAGAGCACCAUCUGGCCAGGAUCCACAGCCUCUUUGCUGGCUGUGCUUUAGAGAGGUUGCGGAGCCCCAGGCUUGCUCCUGUUCUUCUCACGAAGCUGCCUUGAUCGUGGCCUCCCAGCCAAAGGGCCACGCCGCUGGCCUUCGGGACAGAAUGUGCCGCAGAGCCGGGGACGGAGCUGCCUCCAGGGGCGUCGUGGUCCUGUGGACACAGCCCAGCGUGGUAUUCUCCGGCCUCUGCCACCUGCUGGGUUUCUUUCAGCCCUGAUGGAUCCCUGUCCCGUCUGGGGAUGGGAUUUUUCGAAGGGAGAACAUAAUUUUUCUAUAAUUUGUAAAGUUGUGAAAAAGUCACUGUCACAGUUUUUACAUUGACUAUUGGAACAUUUCAAAACCAAUAAAGGUAUUUUCCUAAUUACCACCUCA